AUGCUUCGAGCUUCUGUGUUGCUGCUUAAGUCAAGCAUACGAACAUCAGGAUUGCUUUUACCAUGGAAAAUACGACCAGUGGCGGAUACAAUGGAGCGAAGAGAUGCGUGGAAAGAGUUGGAGCAACUUCUCACUAGCAUUACACGACUGAGUAACGAGGAAGCGAUAGAGAAGAUGACCGAAUUUUGUCCACGGCUUGCGAUUUGUGACAUUGAAUACCCCGUCGAGACGCUACAACGCAAACGGCGGCUGGAGGAGCGGCGGAUGUUGAGGCAACACCACGAAAAUCGUAGUCGCAAUGGUAAGAAGAAGGGGGAGCGUGAGCAGGUGACAGAAACCGUUACGUUAGCAGACGAUGAAGCCACUCGGAAAUUGAUGAAGAGCACCUUACGUAUAUUGGUUGCAAGGGCUCAAAAAAACUCUGGAACCAGCGACCGGGAGGUGGUGCGGGACAAAAUGAAGAAAUCCUCCUCAAAGAUUAUCGUUUCUUCAUCCAGUGCCACACCUGCUCCCCUUCCGAGUAAAAGCGACGAGGGGAAGCGUAGCGGGGCCGACAAAAAGGCGAACAGAGGCGAGGUUGAUGGAACCCAAAACUCCAAACGAAAAGGAGAAGUUGAAAAAUCAAGUGAUUUGGUGAGUUCCCCCACAACCACAACCACUGGAGCGACAGCAGCAGCAGCAGCAGCAGCAAUGAAUGUUUCUUCCUCUUCUACUUUUCCUUCUGGGGAAACUCCGUUUAGGGCUUCAUCAACUGCAUCCACUGCAGGAGUAAAAGGUGCGGAUACAUCGAGUGGUGGUGGUAGCGCAUGCAAAACGGGGAAAGGUAAGUAG